UAGUGUGUGUGCAUGAUAAGGUAAAAGGGUGUGUGAAGUUGCAAAGGCAAUGGAAGGGUUGAGAUGCCCCAUUUCUGUAUUCUUAUUCUCCAUCUUUUGCUUUGUUAUCUUCUUCCUCUUCUUUCCCUUCAACCAACAAAAUCUUGUCACCCACUUUCUCUUUUCUCCUUCUUUGCUUCCUUCCACUGUCAAACAUCUACAAAACCACACAUAUAUUAUUUCUCCUUCUCCUUCUCCUUCACCCUCUCCCUCACCUUCAUCACUUUAUCUUCUUUCCAACUUCACACCUGCAAAUGAAACCAACAACAACAUCACUGUGUUAAGCAGCUCUAUUAAGAAAUUUGCUGGUUUGGAGAAAAUAGAAGAAGGUUUGGCACGAGCUCGAGCCGCAAUUCAGGAAUCUAUCCGCUCAAGGAACUAUACUUCAGACAACAGACAAACUUUUGUUCCUAAAGGAUCCAUUUACUGGAAUCCACACGCUUUUCAUCAGAGCCACAUGGAGAUGGUGAAGAGAUUCAAAGUGUGGGUGUACGAGGAAGGAGAGCAGCCAUUAGUGCACGAUGGACCAGUAAAUGAUAUAUACGCCAUUGAAGGGCAAUUUAUGGAUGAAAUAGACAAUUAUGAUAAAUGGAGCCAUUUCAGGACAACAAAUCCUGAGGAAGCUCACGUUUUUUACCUUCCUUUCAGCAUCGCUAACAUUGUUCACUAUGUCUACAAGCCUAUCAGGAAGCAUUCAGAUUACGAACCUAUUCGCUUGCAGCGGUUGGUGGAAGAUUAUAUCAGUGUUGUUGCAGAUAAGUAUCCUUAUUGGAAUAGAAGUGAAGGUGCUGAUCAUUUUUUACUGUCAUGUCAUGAUUGGGGUCCGAAAGUGUCAUUCGGGAACCCUAAAUUGUUCAAGAGUUUCAUGAGGGUACUUUGCAAUGCCAACACCUCAGAAGGAUUCAUACCUAACAAAGAUGUGUCUAUCCCGGAAGUGAAUUUGCCAAAAGGAAAGCUUGGUCCACCGAAUCUAGGGCAACGCCCAAACGAUCGAAACAUUUUAGCUUUUUUUGCUGGAAGAGAACACGGUGAGAUUCGAAAAAUCUUGCUGAAUUAUUGGAAGGGAAAAGAUAGUGAAGUCCAAGUUUAUGAAUCUCUUCCAAAGGGCAUAAACUACACCAAAUUAAUGGGAGAAAGCAAGUUUUGCUUGUGUCCCAGUGGUUAUGAAGUGGCAAGUCCUAGAGUGGUGGAAGCACUUAAUGCAGGGUGUGUGCCUGUGUUAAUUAGUAGUAAUUACUCUCCACCCUUUUCUGAUGUGUUGAAUUGGAGUCAGUUUUCAGUGGAGAUUCCUGUGGAGAAAAUACCAGAAAUCAAAACUAUUCUGCAAAGAGUUUCUAGGAAUAGGUAUUUGAAAUUGCAUAUGAAUGUGAUGAGAGUUCGAAGGCAUUUCAUGAUUAAUCGACCAGCAAAGCCAUUCGAUUUGAUGCAUAUGAUACUUCAUUCAAUUUGGCUUAGAAGAUUGAAUCUUAGAUUAAUUGCUUCGGCAAGCUCCUAAUUUUGUCUGUCAUAUAGUACACACCACCGAAUGUACUUACAAAUAUAUUUGAAGAUUUUAAUUUAUUUGUCUUUUAAAA